ACUGGCCUCUCCCAUCGCUGCAUUUAGUGUUUGCUCAAGGUUGUAAUUCCACUACUCUCCACUACUUGGCGAUAUAACACCUUUCACAAGCCAAGCCAUGCCUCCUGCAGACUUUUUGACAGACCCCAAACCCCCUCCACCGGCCCCCUCUCUCGGUCUUUCCAGCACUUUCCGGUUUCUUCUCAGUGACUAAGCCGCCCCCGCCGACUUACCGACCGACAACAUCCGCGCUCAUCCUCGGUCCUCAUCCCCCUGUGUCCAAAGAUCACGGUGCGGGUCGAGCGUGCACGCUUUUGGGGUGUGUGCGUGCGUGCGCGCGCGCGCGUGAGUGUGUGUGUAUGCGUGUAUGUGUGUGCGUGUGUGGCGUGUGAGAGCCAGUAUGCCAUGUCGUCCCCCGGCUCGUCGUUUGUCCAGAUAAAGCACGAGGACUUGCUCUACUAUGAGAACUGUGGAGGAGGCAGCUUUGGAAGCGUCUACAGGGCCCUCUGGAUUUCCAAAGACAAGGAAGUGGCAGUGAAGAAGCUUUUGAAGAUUGACAAAGAGGCGGAGAUUCUCAGUGUCCUGAGUCAUAAGAACAUCAUUCAGUUUUAUGGAGCCGUGCUGGAAUCUCCCAACUAUGGCAUCGUCACAGAAUAUGCCAGCGGGGGGUCUCUUUAUGAGUACCUCUCCAGUGAGCAGAGUGAGGAGAUGGACAUGGAGCAGAUCAUGAUGUGGGCUAUACAGAUGGCUAAAGGAAUGCACUACCUCCACGCAGAAGCUCCCAUCAAAGUCAUCCACCGAGACCUCAAGUCACGGAACGUGGUCAUGACGGCGGACAAAGUGCUUAAGAUUUGUGACUUUGGUGCAUCAAAGUUCUUGUCCCACACCACCCACAUGACAGUGGUGGGCACCUUUCCCUGGAUGGCUCCUGAGGUCAUUCAGAGCCUUCCCGUCUCUGAAACUUGCGACACAUACUCAUAUGGCGUGGUGCUGUGGGAGAUGCUGACUCGUGAAAUACCUUUCAAGGGCUUUGAGGGGUUGCAGGUCGCAUGGCUGGUGGUGGAGAAACAAGAGCGGCUGACCAUCCCCAGCAGUUGCCCGGCAAGUUUUGCAGAGCUGAUGAGGAAAUGCUGGCAAGCUGAGCCAAAGGAGCGUCCGCAGUUCAAACAGGUGCUGGUAACCUUGGAGGCUAUGGCGAAUGAUAGCAGGCUACCUGAUCAAUGCAACUCCUUUCUGCAUAACAAGGACCAGUGGAGAUGUGAAAUCGAGUCCACCCUGGAGCGUCUUCGGAAGCUGGAGAGGGAGCUCUACUCCAAGGAGAAGGAGCUAGAGGAGCGGGAGCGGCGACUUCGCCUAUGGGAGGAGAGACUGAUGGAGCGGUCCAACAUGACCCCCAGCCCCACCUCCUUACUGAUGGAUCGCUCCAACAUGUCGCCGUUCUUCAGCCCACUGUCCAUCGGUUCCACCGGUUCCUUCUUCCGCUCGCACUCUCAAGACUCCAACAGUGCGGGGAUGAGCAGCGCAGGCGUCAGCAGCGCAGGCGUCAGCUGCCUCCUCCGCACUCUCAGCAACGGCGACAGCGAGAGGGGAGGUAGCGGAAGUGCGAUCCCGGAGCGGGGGGUGGGCUCUCUGGACAGCGGGCGGCUGCACGUCAUGCUCAGAGGCUUGCAAGGGAGGUUCGACCACGAGGACAAGGAAGAGGAGGGCACCCUGGAGGAGAAGGCUUGGGGCCAGAGGGACGAAGGCGGCGGCUUGGAGGGAGGAAGGGUGCAGGUGACGCUCAGGAGCUUCCCAGGGGGGAGACUGGAGCGGGAGGAGAGGACGUGGGAGGAGGGGGACAUGGAGAGAGGCGGGAUGCAGAGGAGCAGGGUGACCACCAUCAUCCGAGGCUACUCGGGCGGUUUCGGAGAGGCGGAGGGGGAAAAAGACGCAGGGUGGGAGACGGAAAAAGUUGAUGAGGGAGGGCUGGAGGGAGGGAGGCUUCCCGCCAUGUUUCAAGGGCUCAGCGGCAGUUUAGGGGGCUUGGGGGACAUGUUGUCCUUGGACGACAUGGGGGAGAUGGACAGGCUGGGCGACGUGAACGUGGGGGACGUGGGGGUGCUGAAGCUCAGGAGUGAGAUGGGGAUGAGAGGUCACUCGGGGUUGCAGGUGAGCAUGCGAGCUUCGUCCAAUGAGAACUCUGUCAAGAGCUGCAGCGUGCGACACGGAUCCAAAGUCAACAUGGCCACCGCCGCCAUGGACAUGAUGGAGCUUGACUGGUCCGACAGCGAUUAGAAGACACGCGACGACAACACAAACGUUCGGGACGUGUAUUAAAACGGAGAUAAUACAACCUUUAGGUGUUCAAAUGUUGUUGUUUUUUUUCAAAACAAACUAAACCAAUGAGUACGUACUGUGAAGAGAAGAGAAGCAAAGAGAUGAUUAACGUCAAUGUUAAAGGCUUCACCUGUGGAAUUUAAUGACAUCCUGCGUAUCUGUGUGCGUUUACUGCUUAGUAUGUAGAUUUGUGUAGAAUUUUAUCAGAUUAACUGAUUUUGUGUGUGUGAUUUUUUUUUCAUUUUUCAAUUAAAAAAACUGAUACAAAUCUCACCUCA